GCAAGCUGUAAUUAUCAGUUUCCAGUUUCCCAGCCAUUCGUAGUUCAGUUGAGAAAACACCGUCUGAAGACCGCCUGAAGUACAUUGCAUACGACACUGGUGCAUAAGCAUUAUCAUUACCAUGGAUGGGAUCAGCUUCACCCUCUCGCUACUUCUGAUUAGCAUGCUAUCAUUUCAAGGUGGCAAUGCGCAGAAAGAGCCAGAAGCAAACGUACAAUUAAACCUACCUGCCGGCAACUGCCUUCAAAAGCUUUUGGUGAGAUCUGGAGUUCCUCUGGCCAAAGCCAUAACUUACAAAGGAACCUUGGCCUCGCUGCACUUCGACUUGCCAAAGAUCAAGGCCGCCGACGAGAAACUGCUGGCGUUCAUUCUGGAGAAGAACUUGGCACAUGCCAGGGCUGUGCAAAGCUGUUUGAAAGGAGAUCUACCAGCAUGCCACGACUACAGCCCAUGCGGCUCUGAGGGUCAAUGUGAGUUCAGUGAGGAACGUGCCACGUAUCAGUGUGUGUGCUCUCCAUACCGAACUGGUGACUUCUGCCAAGUGGACACAUCAGUGGAAAGGUUGACCAAUGCAGUUGACGUCGUCCGAGGAAAUGCUGUCAAGAAUGCCAAGAAAGUCACUGCCGUUAGCAAGCGAGUUGAUGUGCUUGAGGCAUACAAUGCAGCGUGCAACAAGGCCUUGGUUGGUUACGCGUUCAACUCCAGACACCAUCAGUUUAUUGGCAACAACGACCAUGCCCAGCUAGCCAGCAUUACCUAUGUCAAGAAACGUGCAGACACUCUGCUGAAGGUCUCCUACUCUGCCAACAUCCGUGUGCUUGGCGGGGGAAGUGGAAGAGCUGCAAGGUGGUUUGUGAAGAUCGAUGGACAGGAGUGUUCUGAUCCAACCCUGGUGGAUAUUUGGUACUUUCGUACAGACACGGAGAACAUUCACAUUCCGGCCAAUCUGAAGGGUAUUUGCCGUGGUACCUCUGAUGGUCAAAUUGGUACCGGAUCCCACACUAUUACAGUUCAUGUGGGUGAGUCGCCUAUUGACAAUUAUCCUCUCGGUCAUACUUCGAGUGGAUACGGUAGCACACAACUCCUUGAGGUACAGGAGAUUUGCCCUCCCUUCUAAACGGACAGAAAUGUUUUGGCAAUCGUUUUACAGGCUAUACUGAAAAUUCUUUCCCCAGAAUUAUAGAUGAUGUGUUUGAUUAUGCGAAAGUACAUGUACAUGUGCAUGGCUGCACCCUCCCCCCUCCCCCCCCC